UUUUCCUGCAGGAGUGGUGCCACUUUCCUAUGUAGCUACAUCCCGCGCUGUGCUAGAAUGAACCCCGGAUGCCCAUCCAAGCCAACUAGUGCAUAUAAAGAUAUUCGCCGUCCCCGGCCUCGUGAGUACAUCUAGGUGUCUGAGAAAAAACGCAAGGUCUCCCGGUUCUGGAUCACGGGCUGGUCCUCCAUCAACGCAAUACAUAGAUGAACAUUUCAUGGCUCGCCCUCUUGGCUCUGGUCCCGGCCGGCAUCCUUGGCCUCAUGACGCCCGGCGGCCUCGCCCGCCGCGCCGUGGACUGGAGCCAAUGGAAGCCCGGCGUGAGCUUCCAGAUCGUCCUUCACCACCCUAUCACGGCCGAGUCGGUAGCAGACGUUGUCCCCGCCGAGGCCACAGUCUGGGACAUUGACCUGCAACACGCAGCGGACUACGGCAACAUCAUUCCCGCCCUCAAGUCAGCCGGCAAGAUAGUAAUCUGCUAUUUCAACGGCGGCGCCGUCCAAGACUGGGACGAAGACCUCGACGCAUUCCCCGCCGACGUCAUCGGCUCGUCCCUCAACCCGCCUUAUACAGACGAGCGCUACCUCGACAUCCGGGACGCCCGCGUCGUGGAUCUCAUGAAGCAACGCCUUGAGCGGGCUGCCGACAUUGGCUGCGACGGCGUGGACCCGGACAACAUUGACGCCUGGGCAGAGGACGGUGAUGACCCGACUGGCUUCGGCCUCGCGCCCUCGGACUACGCGACCUACAUAAUCUCACUCGCCGCCCACGCACACACGCUCACAACGGCUUCCUCCCGGCCCCUUCUCCUGGGCCAGAAGAAUGCGCCUGCGAUUGCGCCCGAACUUUCCUCCGUCGUCGACUUCGCCGUACUAGAGACGUGCCUCGGCACCCGGACCACGGACGAAGUGGAGCCCUUUUGCGCGGACUUCCGGCCAUACGUUGAGGCCGGGAAGCCGGUCUUCCAGAUCGAGUACCCGACGAGCGUCCGGGACGACGCAGAGAUCGACCAGGAGGACUACAGCUAUUUCUGCGUGAACAAGAACGGUAACGAGGGGUUCAGCGAGGUAUUGAAGCACGCGAGCGAGCAGAUCGAUGGAUGGGGUCAGUUCUGUGGACUGGGCAUGACCGGGGGCAUAUUCGAAACGCCAACCGUUGACGAAGAUGAGGAAUGAAUGAGUGGGCGAGGCUCGCGAAGUCAACAAUUGGUUGUUGGAGCAAUCAGGGGUCGCCAAAUUGACGUCUAAAAGGAGCUUCUUCUGAAGCGCAAAAGGAUGGGGGGUAAUUAAAGUUCCUGUAUUUUACUAUUCCCAUGACACAGUGCAUA